GUCGGCCGCUCGGCUCCUCCCGCCGGUCACGUGACGCCGCUCGGCUCUGCUCGGAGGUCGGUCGGUCCAUAGUGUCAUAACCGCGUCUCCCUGCACCUCUCCGUCCUCCGCUCUCUGCACCUCCGUCUCUGGGUCCAAAUGGCCGGUGUCGCCCUCCGCUGCUCCGCUCGCUGGUGCUCAGUCGAAGGCAGAAGCAGGUUGCUCAGAUUCUCCAGCGUUCCCAGUCUGAAGUUCCACAUCACAGCGUCUCCUAUGAUGGGUGCGACGGUGGAGCAGUUUGAGCAGGCGAAGAACAAGCUGUCGACGCUGAAGGAAGACCCGGGAAACGAGGCCAAACUGAAGAUCUACGCUCUCUUCAAACAGGCCACUCAGGGUCCCUGCAACACUCCUAAACCAGGGAUGCUGGACUUUGUCAACAAGGUGAAGUGGGACGCGUGGAAGUCUCUGGGCGCCAUGACGCAGGAUGAAGCCAGGCAGCAGUACUGUGACCUGAUUGGCUCCCUGGUGGCAGCGGAAGGAGGAAGCUCCGCCCAGGUGGCUGCGCAGCCUGCCGGGAGCGGGCCGACGUACCAGACGCUAUUGGUCACCACCGAGGAUGACAUCACUACCAUCAAACUGAACCGACCCGCCAAGAAAAACGCCAUCACUACUGAGAUGUACAACGAGAUCAUCGCAGCUCUGGAGCAGGCGGCGAAAGACGACUCUGUCAUCACUGUGUUCACUGGUGCUGGUGAUUUCUACUGCAGCGGUAACGACCUCACCAACUUCACCAAGAUCCCCGAGGGAGGCGUCCAGCAGAUGGCCAAUCAGGGCGGAGAGCUGCUCAGGAAGUACAUCAAAGCUUACAUUGACUUCCCCAAGCCGCUGGUUGCCGUGGUGAACGGACCGGCUGUAGGAGUCUCAGUCACAGUGUUGGGACUGUUUGACCUGGUCUACGCUACAGAGAGGGCUUCCUUCCACACUCCGUUCAGUCAGCUGGGUCAGAGCGCUGAAGGCUGCUCCUCCUACACCUUCCCCAAGAUAAUGGGCACUGUCAAGGCGUCUGAGAUGCUGCUGUUCAAUAAGAAGCUGACGGCGGUUCAGGCCUGUGAACUGGGUCUGGUCACUGAGGUUUUCCCCGACAGCAGCUUCCAGUCGGAGGUUUGGACCAGACUGAAGGCCUACGCCAAGCUGCCCCGCAACUCUCUCGCUCUCUCUAAACAGCUGAUCCGGUCGACGGAGAAGGAGCGUCUCCACGCGGUGAACGAUGCUGAGGUGGAGUGUCUGGUGGAGCGCUGGCAGUCAGACGAGUGUUUUAACGCCGUCAUGAGUUUCUUCCAGGCGAAGGCUAAACUCUGAGAGAGAGAGAGAGAGAGGAAGUGUGUAUGUGUGUGUGUGUGUGUGAGUGUGAGAGCUCUGAACUAGUCUCUCUUAUCGAAUCUUUUAUUAUGGACAAAGUAGAAAACAAACAGGUUGCAUCUUAUCAGUUUUAAACAGCACUGAUGUUUGCUGACGACUGUUAGAGAUCAGAGAAACAACCACAGCUGAGUGUUUCUGUUCCAGAGGAGCUGGUGGUGGUGAACAUCACGUGGUGAUGGUGAACAUCACGUCUAACACACGUGUAAUCUACGGAUGUAUACAGAGAACUGGAUGCAGCGUCAGAGGCUCCGUUCAUUCCUAUGAAUGUUGCUCAGUGGUGCAUGAUGAUAAAAAAGUUCAACUUCUUCUACGUCCGUGCGGCUCAGAGAGACGUUCACCGGCCGAGUCGACUACUUCCUGUUUAGUCCUCCGGCUAACGUACAUGAGGAUAAAACAGUUCAAUCAUGUGUCUCUUCUAGACUUUUGAAACGUGAUCAGACCCAACGGAUCAAAGUCUGAUAGUGGAACGAAUCAUUUUGCAGGUUGUGUCGCUGAUUUACAGUCGUCUGUUUCAUAAUGUGAGUCUGUGAAAAGUCUUUUUGGGCCCAAUAGCAUCAUGUGACGUUAUAAUUACAUUGUUUAGCCCGGCGCUCUUCCUGUAUCCAGUUCUCUCUUCAUACAUCCAUGAUCAGUGGACUGUUGUCAGGCCCGGUGUUACGCAGCGAAACCCCCCUAAAGAGACGAGAGGGUGGGAUCACACGGAGACUGCCCCCCCUCACGUCUACCUCAUCUGUCUUUUUGCUCGGCUAGCUAACCUGCACUCGCAUCGCCUCAACAGUUUCCCGGGCAACGACACACAGAGGUCGACUCACGUGUCAGAACAGCUGCACAGACGCAAAUGAUUACUGAUUUGUGAAUGAACGGAUACUCGGCAUUAUUUUUGGCAUUAAAGAAAGGCCUCUCGUUGGCCCACCAGGCCUGUACGGUUACCGUGGCAACACGGCGUGAUGCUCAGCAGAGACGUACGCCGGCUGAGAACUUGAAUGGGGAUAAAAUAAAUCAAUCAUGCGUCUCUUCUAGACUUUCCAGAUGUUAUCAGACACGAGUGAAACGAGUCGUUUCACAGUUUGUGUUGAUUAAAAACAUCUAUCAGCUGAUCCUUUCAGGCCGCCGUGCGUUAGUGACAUUGUAGUUACACGCAGGUUACACUCGCCGUUAUGGAGACCGCCCACCAGUCUGACCAGAAAGCUGCUGGUUGACUGUGUGUUUGUGCCUUCAUCUUCAUCCUCACUGCAGGAAAUGAUCAUGACCUGAUGGUUUUAAUGUCGUCAGUGUGUCGUUAGUUAAAGUGCCUUCAACACUUUGUAAUGUCGUCACAUUCAUCUUCAUCUUCAUCCUUCUUCUUUUCUCUUCACUUCAAUAAAAACUCUGUUUGUAAUUAUGAAA